AUGCCAAGUGGGAAGGUAGCAAAUGCUAUGAUCACCCAAGAUAGAAAAAGUCUUGAAAAUAAUGUUGAGUUUGACAAUCCCGGUGAAAAAGAAUAUUAUGAUCAAACAAAGGCAAAUAAUUGUAAAAUUGUCUCCAUUCCAUCAAACACUAUUCCUCCUCCUUUUCCUAAACGCCUCACAAAAAAUGGAGAAAAUGCAAAGCUUAACAAGUUCUUCAAUAGAUUUAACACCCUAUCUAUUUAUAUUCCUCUAAUUGAAGCUUUGCAAGAUAUGCCAGGACAUGCUAAAUUUGUGAAGGAUUUGGUAUCGAAGAAACGACUUGUGAAGGAUGAAACAAUAAAGGUAACACAUUAUUUUAGUGCCAUUAUAUCAAGCCCAUUGGUGAAAAAGCAGAAAGACCCUGAUUCUUUCACCAUUCCAUGCACUAUUGGAUUAUUCAAGUUUGCAAAGGCAUUAUGUGACACCAGAGCAAGUGUAAAUCUAAUGCCUUAUGAUAUUUUCCACAAGUUUGAAUUGGGGAAGUCGGCACCUACUUCAAUGAAAUUAAUCAUGGCCGAUAGUACCAUCAAGAAACCAAUGGGAGUUCUUCAUGAUGUUCUAGUAAAAGUGGACUGUUUUAUCUUCCCGACUAACUUUGUGAUCUUAGAUUGUGUAAUGGAUGUUGAAGUCCCUUUUAUUCUUGGGAGACCAUUUUUAACUAUCGAGAAGGAUUUGAUGGAUGUGGGUUCUAGUGAGAUAAAAUUUUGA